GAGAGCGACUGCGUGUUUUCUCAUUGAACUCUAAACCACACACGAGUGCAGGUGAGAGGACGGACUUCAGCUCAGAAUCUCCAGCACAGGAGACAAUGGCUGACCCUCAAGCAGCACCUCCUUCUGAAGCCACCGACCACAAACCUGAACCCGAGCCGGCGGCCGGAGAGGACGCGACGCCGCAGAGCGGCACAGAGGAAGCUGCUCCAGACCAGGGAGGAAGCGAAGAGUCUCCAAACCCGGAGGAGCAGAAGGAACCUGGACAGGAAGUGACAUCGGCGGGAGCAGAGGAAGAGAAGCCGGUGAGCGGAGAAGCGGCUGAGGAGAAGAACGAAGAGAAAGCAGGCGAAGAGAAGAAAGAUGCAGGUGAGGAGAAGAACGAGAACGUUGAGACAGGAGAAGGGCAGAGUGAAGAAAAAACGAGUCAGGAUGAAGGAGGAGAAGGAGACGGAGGACAAGAAGACGAGUGCGCUGCUCCGGCCAACAAGUACUACACUGUGAGCUACAGGAAGAUUAAGAAAGGCUACGCAAGGCAGAGGAUCAGUGCUUUCGAAACCCAGGACUUCGUGCCGAUGGAGGAGGAGGAGGAGGGAGCGUCUGAGGAGCAGAAGGACGGAGCGACGACUGAAGGAGGAGCGGAGGCUGAAGCUCAGACGAACGGAGAGGCGUCGUGUCAGGACGGGCAGAAGGACGAGAAGAUGGACGGAGAAGGACAGGACGGAGAAGCGGGAGAUGAGCAGGAAGAGGAAGACGGUGAGGACGAGAACGCAGGCGAGGAGGCGUGUAACGGAUCGGACGGGAAACAGAAGCAGUCCGGAAUCUCAAAGUACUUCACCGUCAGCUACAGGAAGAUCAAGAAAGGGCUCACAAAGCAGAGGGUGGAUGAGUUCGAGUUCAUGGGAGUGCAGCAAUGAGUUCACACACACACACACACACACACACACACACACACACACUAAAGAACACAUUGGAGAUGCCCCCACAUACAUGCAAAUGAGCACACACAUAGACACAAAGUAUAUACUGUAGCAGAACAUAGACACACACACACACACACACACACACACACACCCCUUAAAGAACACAUUGAAGAUGCAAACACACACUCACACACAUACAUACAUGCACACACACAUAGACACACAAUAUAUUCUGUAGUAGAACAUAGUGGAGUUGCACACACACACACACACACUCACGCACACACACACACACACACACACAUCUUAAAGAACACAUUGAAGAUGCACACACACACUCACACACACAUACAUACAUGCACACACACAUAGACACACAAUAUAUACUGUAGUAGAACAUAGUGGAGUUGCGCACACACACACACACUCAUGCACACACACACACACCACACGCACCUUAAAGAACACAUUGAAGAUGCCACACACACUCACACACAUACAUACAUAUACACACACAUAGAUACACAAUAUAUACUGUAGUAGAACAUAGUGGAGUUGCACACACACACACACACACACACACACCUUAAAGAACACUUUGAAGAUGCACACACACACACACCUUAAAGUACACAUUGAAGAUGUGCACACACACACACACACACACACACACACACGUGCACAAACUGUACACAAGCAGUCUUGUUGUGAUUCAGUUCUGUUUGACCUGUAAAGCACUUUUUUGUUAACAUUCCUUCUGUAGUAAAAUGUAUGUUUUAGUGUUUAUUAUGUUUUUGGUCUGUGGACCUGCAGGAAACACACAAUCCCAGUGUGCAGUGCUCGUGCUUCACUGUAACACAUGUAGACUUUCCUACAGCUACAGGACGCCGUGUGUACGUUACGAAGUGGAACUCUCCCUAUACGCAACGAGCCGAUUGGCUCCAUCACAUAAUCUCCUCCUCUUACUCUGUCUGAACCACGUCGUCAUGGUGACCGAGCCAUUUCUGUAAUCUUCUCUUUCUUCUCACUGUGAUGUCCAUGUUAUUUAUUGUGAUUGUUCAGCACUUCAUAUCAGCUGCUUUAUAAAUGAAAUAUAACAAACUCGACUCUGGUUCUUCCUCCGUCUCGACGCACCGGAGAGAUCUCAUUAACAUCACUAACGUGUUCAGGGGUUUAAUGAUCUGAUCCUUAACGUGUUCAUAUUGUGAUCUGGGGUUUGUGAAGGGAUUAAAAAAAAAAGUCUGUGUGUAAAUUCUGUGUUUAAUAAAAACAGGAAAGGAAACAACAGAUCAGUGAAUAAUAAAGGACUGAAAUUCACCACA